CUCCCGAACAAAGCGCAGCCGGGGCGGCCGCUUCCCCGAAAAUCUCCCCGAAUCCGUCUAUUAGCCUUUUCAGAGACCGACCAGGAAACAGAAAUUACUGCGCAAAGUGGCCAGCCCUUGAAGGAGAGGGAAGAGGCAAUGGAAGCACGAGGGUGGAGUUCAUUUUCUGCCUGGAGAAAGAUAAAAGGCAUGGAGGAGAGGAUCAGCCAGGACUACCUGUGCUGCAAGAGCCAGUGUUGGGGUGUGGAAUGAAGGCUGCAGAGAAGGAAGCCCCUGAUGCACACUUCACCGUGGAUAAACAGAACAUUGCUCUCUGGCCUCGAGAACCUCCUCCUGAGCAGGCUCUGUCUCUGCAUCUGAAGAAGCAUCUCACCAUCCGUGUAGUGUUAAUCUGCUUGUCACUGGUUGUGGUCGCCUCCAUUGUGCUGCAAGCUAUUCUCUAUCCCUGGUUUAUGGGCACAAUUUCAGAUGUAAAGACCAAUGCCCAGAUGCUGAAAGGUCGUGUGGACAGCAUGAGCACCCUGGGUUCUGGAAUUGAGAAGAACAGUGAUGGCGUGAAGGUGGCUAGCUUUCAGAUACAGAUGGUGAAUGCCAGCUUGGAUAGUGUACAUUCUCAAGUCCUGAUAUUGAAAGCCAUUGUGGGGAAAGCCAAUGAACAGAUCCAGAGCUUAAGAAGAAAAUGGGAGGAAGUUAAUCAUUUGAAUGACCAAAUUCCAGAGUUAAAAAGAGAUUUGGAUAAAGCCAGUGCUUUGAAUGCAAUGAUCCAGGCACUUCAGAACAGGCUGGACAAUAUCAACAAAUUGCUCAGACGACAAAGUGACAUCCUGCAGAUGGUUUCCCAAGGCUGGAAAUUCUUCAGGGAGAACUUCUAUUACUUUUCUCAUGUGACAAAGACCUGGUACAGUGCUGAACAGGUCUGUGUGUCUAAGAAUUCACACCUGACUUCAGUUACCUCCCGGGAUGAGCAGGAGUUUCUGUACAAGAUAGCUGGUGAACUGCCAACCUGGAUUGGCCUAACCAAGGCAGGAAGUGAGGGGAAAUGGUACUGGGUGGAUGACACUCCAUUCAACAAAGACAGUGUGAGGUUCUGGCUUCCAGGUGAGCCCAACAAUAUGGGGAGCAAUGAACACUGUGCCAAUAUAAAGGUGCCCUCUCUCCAGUCCUGGAAUGAUGCUUCCUGUGACAACAAAGUGCUUUUCAUCUGUAAGAGGCCCUAUGUUCAGUCAGAACUGUGAUGGCUGGUCCCCCGGUUUACCCGUGAGCUCUGGGGCUGGUUAAACUUGAGGAAAUGUCCUCACUGCCUUUCAAACUCCAGGACGACUUUGUACCUUAGGUUUUCUUGCUGCAAAGUUGUCCCCAGAUGCAUGUUGGAGGUCAUCUGUUUUGGCUGGGAAUUCUCUGACCCCACAGGGGCUGCUGGAAUGGGAAGAACUUGAGUUAAAUGAAAGAGGAAGGAGGUCAUGAUUGAGAAGUUCAUCCUGCCUUGGUGAGGCAGAUCAGCACCCUAAAUCUGUGCUAUCGCUUUGAGCUUUCAUCCCUUUAGGGAAACCUCGUUUGUAUCACAUAAAAGUUACACAAAGAAAUGCUCACAUUUGAGGAGAUGGAUAUCUUUACCCAGAUUGAAACUA